CUCUCCUCCGCUGUUGCGCAUUUACAUCCGACAGCUCAGACGCUGGCCGUGUCCGAAGUGUCUGUUGGCUCCCUCUCUCCUCUUGGUGCCUCAACCACACAACGCUGACGGGAUAGGCCGAAGUCUCGGCACCGAGCCGACACGGGCCACGCCGCUCUGCACUCGGGACCGCUGCUGCUUUGUGGGGCUUCAACGUGCUGCCGUGUGGAGCCUGUGCUUUUGCUCCUAUUGAGGAAGAUUUAGGAAACUGUUUGUUUUAUCCUAUUUUCUUUGUUUUGAGUUUAGGUUAACAUGAUUAUGUUUCUUUUCUUUUCAUAAGCCAGUGUUAAAGUGUUUCUUUUUGUUUGGUGCCUUAUCAUUUAGAUAUAUUUAUUUGUACAUGAUUUUGGAUUUAACGCUGGGUUUAUGGCGAAGUUUUGAUUAAUUUAGUUCUGGUUGUUUAUUGUUAGGGACCUUUUGGUCUUCUAUUCACCCUCCUUGUUUCUUUUUCUUUUCUUUGGUUAUUUUUCUGGGGUGUGUGCUCCAACCUGAGCCUGCAAGAAAUACACUACUGGCAGCAUUUCUUUUAGUGCACCCGUAGCACAGAGGAGGGGGAUAGUGAGUGGGGUUCUCUUUGCUUAAUAACUUUGGGUUUAUUUUGAUUUUUCUAAUAGAGAUUAUUUGUGCGUUUGUAUCAUUUUGAUAUUUGUUAUAUUUUGAGUAUCAUGUUUGUAUAUGGUUUCAUGCUCCACUAACUGUUCCUCCCUGUCUGCAUACUUCCAGGUGCUGAGGGCCUCACUGGUGACCUGUAUUUCGCUGAUGGUGUCAUAUUGAGUGUAGUGUCCUUCCACUCCUUUUUGGCUUUUCCCUUGUGUGUUUGUGUGUGUGUGCUUAGUGUUUUACCUGUGGACUGUGGUGCUCCCACUUUAGUUAACGCCUGCACUCCCUCCUCACUCACCUUAACCAUAGCGGCCCCAGCCCUGGAGGAAGCCCAGUGUUUCUGGUAUUAACUAACAAGACUCCAUUUUAGGGAACAAAACUUACUUUGUCUCCUGAGCAGUUGAUCUUCUCCAUGGUGGAUGAACGCAGAGUUACCGUGCCAAUCAGUGGCCCCUGUCUCAGCGCUGCAACCAGGAGCAGCAGAGGCAUGAGGACGUCCAGAGUGUGGCCAGAGACAAGCAGCACCUGGCGGUGUUGAGGGAGGAGGAGAGCUGGGAGAUGAGGAGACAGGUGCGGCAGAUGCAGGAGGAGCACAGGGACAGAGAGCUGAAGAGCGCUCUGCUCAAGGCAAAUGAGGACAGAAUAAACAGGGCACAGGAACUUGAACAAGAGAUGAGAAUGGCUGAAGAGCUUGCUCGCAUCAGCCUCGAAAAAGAACGAGAUGAGAAAAUGAGGCAGCACAUCAGAGAGAACAGUUUGGAGAUUCGAGAAUUGGAGUCGAAACUGAAAUCUGCGUAUCUGAACAAAGGGAGAGCUGCACAGAUUGCAGAGCAGGAGGCCAUGAGGCUGGAGACCCUGCGCGAGAAGGCGGACUAUUCUGGCAAAAUGAAACGCGAAAGCGAGCGAGCAACUGUGGAGCAGCAGCAGUUGGAGCAGAAACGCCAAGAGGAACUGACGCAAUAUCAGAGAGCACUAGAGCAGCAGCUCAUGGACAGGGAGCGCGGGCGACAACAGGCUUAUGAGGAGUUCCUUAAAGAGAAGCUCUUGGUGGAUGAGAUCAUCAGGAAGAUUUAUGAGGAGGAUCAGAUGGAGAGAGAGCUGAAACUGGAGAAGAUCAGAGCCACUCAACAGCACAUUGAGGAAUUCAAGAGGCAGCAGGCCCAGUGGAGACGCAUGGAGCAAGAGAGGAUGGAGGCUGAGAACAGGCGCAUCAUGAAGUUUGCGAGCCAGCAGCAGAACAUGGAGGAGAGCAAAAUGGCCAAGAUCAAAGAGACAGAGGAAGCCAAAGAGCAUCUUUAUCAAAUACUGUGUAAGAAGAUUAAAGACGAGAGCAAGCAGCGUGAGGACGCAGAGCGAGUCCGUGAGGAACUUUUUUUUGAGGAACAAGAGGAAGCCAACAGGCUGCGAGAAAUUGAAGAAAUGGAGAAAAAAAUCAGAGAGAGGCUGAUGAUGCAGCAGACCUUCCAGGAGCACCUGGCUUACAAAGAGAUGAAGAAGAAAGCAGAGAAAGAGGAAGAGGAGGCCUUCAGAAAGACAAUGUUGGCGAAGUUUGCAGAGGACGAUCGUAUAGAGCAGAUGAACGCCCAGAAAAGACGCAUGAAGCAACUUGUGCACAAACGCGAGGUGGAGAAAAUGAUAGAGGACAGGAGACUGCAGCGACAGGUUGAUGUGGAACUGGAGGUUAAAGAAAGGGCGAUAGAGCAGGAGAGGGAGGCACUGCGGAGACAGAUUGUUGAAGAAGAGAGAAAGAAACUUCUGAAACGUCACGCAGCUCAACUGCUCGGAUACUUACCCAAGGGAAUGAUCCGUGAGGAUGACCUGCAGUACUUUGAUGAGGACUUCAGAGAAAGCUUCAAACCUCGUCAGACCGAAAACAUUUCUGAAGACAGCUGGGAUGAUGACGCUUAA